UAGUGGGUUGAGAGACCUCCCUCUCUUCAUUAUGUACUUUUCUGGAUCUAAAGAAGUUUCUACAGUAAGUGUAAGACAGUGCAAGAGGAGAAGAUGAAGCUGAAUUACUUUCUCAGCAGUCUUUUGGUCAUGCUGUGUAUCGUUGGUGUUUUUGCGACAGGAAUUGGACGGCCAGCAGAAUGUUGUACGAAAACCGGCAAAGACAAGGCCAAAGUUACAGAGAUUUUGAGUUACGUGCAUCAAAACAACGCACUAUGCCCCGUCAGCGCUGUAAGAUUCCUUUUAAUCAACGGCAUAACCAUAUGCUCUGAUCCAAAGGAUCCUUGGGCCAAGCGUAUCAUAACGAUUCUGGAUAGAACCACAAUACAACCAAGCGCGAAAGAUACCACUAAAAGAAUAUCUUCACCUGGAAUAACUACAGAAAGCACAGUGACCAUGACAACACCCAAAGUCACAUCAAGCACAUGGAAGCCAACAACAUACACCCAUAGGUUUUUGGCCAAACAGCCACUUGGGAAGACAAGUGGACAACAGACAACAACGCAAAUUACAACAAUGAAGAAGACAAUGAAGUUGACGACUGUAAUGGACAGUACACCAUUGAUAACGGACAUCAAGACGACUGACAUGACCACGACCAUGACCACAGAAAGCCCAGUGACCACGACAACACCUAAAGAAACAUCCAUCACUCAUACAGCCUCGACCAAAAAAUUGCCUAGGAUUACCAGAAUACCACAACACUGGACAUCAACGAAGCAAAGUACAACCAUUAUGGAAAGGCCGACAGUUACACCUGAAAGAAAGUUGACUUCCAUGACCAUGACUACAUCUAAAGGAACAUCAACCACAUGGAAACCAACAGCAUACAUUACAACAAAGCAAGAAACCAGAGUGACCACGACAACACCUGAAGGAACAUCAACCACAUGGAAACCAACAGCAUACAUUACAACAAAGCAAGAAACCAGAGUGACCACGAAAACUCCUGAAGGAACAUCAACCACAUGGAAACCAACAGCAUACAUUACAACAAAGCAAGACUCCAGAGUGACCAUGAAAACACCUAAAAGAACAUCAACGACAAAAAGACAAGUCCAGAAAAAAUCCACAAUGAAUGUUAUACAAGGGAGACCAAGCUGCCCAAAAAAUGUGACCCACAAGCUAGACAAAUACAAGAACAAGAGCAUUCCAUGGACGGUCAGACGUUUGAAAAAGAAACGUAAGCAAGGACUGAGGAGAGUACAGAUGAACCCAGGAUGUAUAGAAGGUUGACCACAAUGCUGUUAAUUUAAAGAUUAAGAAUCUUUUGCACUUGAAGAUGACCGCAAACGUCGUGAGAAAAUCCUUGCGGUUAUUCUUCACCCACUACCAUCUAUGCACUUUCUUUCCACUUUGACUCAUUCUGUGUCAGAUUGGUACCACUAGGAUGGUUGGGCAUGAUCUAUAUUCCACAGUGAUGUUCAUGCUAGGUUUCAAACUGUACAAAAUUUGUCAGAUGUCAUUAUGAAAUGCUUUGUAGCCUUUAAGGCCAGGGUUGAAGAAUAAAACCUAAAACUUACUAUUAGGACUAUUAGGAGUGAAUUUUAAUUUGCCAUGUUUUUAUUAUUUUGUUCUCAUUUGGGUGCUUAGUAAAGAUAGCCAAGGAAAGCUCGUUCUACCACUCGGGUGCCAUUAUAGAGAUGCCAAGAAGUAACAUAUAUAUAUAAUCUUAUAUCUUUGAAGAUUCUUAAGAGUAUCUGAACUGGACAUAAUUCUAUCAAUCCCAGAUUUAUGUUGUCCAAGACUAUCUCUGUUGAAACAUUGCUCUGAUGUGCAAUAAUGCUGUAACAUAAAUUUACUUUAUGAUUUACAAUGAUGUAUAUACGCUAUGCUAUUUAUUACAAGGAUUACAAUAUUUAUGCUUCAUUUUGUGUCAUGUCUCAGUGUAUCUCAUUAAAGGAAAUAUAUUGGAAAUA